ACCAAAUACGAGAAUGUUGUUGACAAAUCGAAGCGUCCGACAGAUGAUAUGAUUGAUCGAUUUGAUCGUUGGUUGUAUAUAGUGCGCAAAGGAGACAUUCUAUCGGAACGGUUUGAAUUGACCUUGGAAAUUCUUCCACAUGUUUCGUGCUAUGAGGGAUUUUUGUUGCUGUUGGAAAUCUGGAGGCAUUUCCAGCGAAGAGGUGCAUCUUACAAUAGUGUACUCGCUGUUCACAGUGCCAUCUUGAAGGGUGAAGAUGCAAGAUUACAUGUGAGUUUUCAUUAG